GCUCCGACUGCAUGAAGAAAAGGUUAUUAAAGAUCGACGUCACCACCUUAAGACCUACCCAAACUGCUUUGUUGCCAAAGAGCUGAUUGACUGGCUGAUUGACCAUAAAGAGGCAUCUGACCGAGAGACAGCAAUUAAACUGGUGCAGAAAUUACUGGACCACAGCAUUAUCCACCAUGUCUGUGAUGAGCAUAAGGAAUUUAAGGAUGCCAAACUGUUCUACCGCUUCCGGAAAGACGACGGGACCUUUCCACUGGACAAUGAGGUGAAGGUGUUCAUGAGAGGACAAAGACUGUAUGAAAAGCUAAUGAGUUCUGAAAAUACUCUUCUGCAAGCGAGGGAAGAGGAAGGAGUGAAGUAUGAACGGACCUUUGUGGCAGCAGAGUUCAUUGACUGGCUGAUCCAGGAAGGAGAGGCCACGACACGGACUGAAGCAGAGCAGCUUGGCCGCAGACUUUUGGAGCAUGGGAUUAUACAGCACGUGUCCAACAAGCACCAUUUUAUGGACAGCAACUUGCUCUAUCAGUGCAGAAUGAAUUUCCGUCGGCGGCGGCGGUUAAUGGAGCUCCUCACGGAGAAGUCUCGCUUGAUACCAGAAAGCCACGACAGCCCCUUUUGCCUGCGCAAGCAGAACCAUGACAACAGAAAACACACCAGUUUUCUCUCAGUGAGUCCCACCAAGGAGAUAAAGAUCGUGUCAGCAGUACGGAGGAGCAGCAUGAGUAGCUGUGGCAGCAGUGGGUACUUCAGCAGUAGCCCAACUCUCAGCAGCAGUCCCCCAGUGCUCUGCAACCCCAAAUCUGUAUUAAAGAGACCUGUGACUGCUGAUGAACUCUUGAUGCCUGGAGCCCCAUAUGUAAGAAAAACUUUUACGAUUGUUGGUGAUGCUGUGGGCUGGGGCUUUGUGGUGCGGGGCAGCAAGCCCUGCCACAUCCAGGCUGUGGACCCCAGUGGGCCAGCAGCUGCAGCUGGGAUGAAG